AUGUUGAGUCUUGUAAAGAAAGUCGUGAGUGCUUCUGGUCGUCGUACGCCAGCGCAAUCACGUUUCAUGAGCCAUGGUCCAGCUCCUCCUGAAGGAAGUCUUGAGGCAAAGGUUCGCCAUUAUUUGCCAAAAGAUUACCAUAUUGUUUUAGCGACAUUGGGCGCGUAUACAACACUCAUUAUGUUGUUUAAGCUGAAGCCUUCGAAGAAGAAGAAGGAGGAGACGGAGACGGAGGGUGUUUCAGCAUCGAGCUUGAACAAUUCCAUGUCAACGUCCAUUCCAUCGUUGUUUGAUGAUGACUUUGAAGAGUGGUCUAAGGUACCAGGCAACAUGGACAAGUGGGAGAAGAGUUUAGAGACUCUUGGCAAUUAA